AGGAGGGAAUCGUUUUAAAGCGUUCAGACUCCACCAAGGGCAUAAUAGCACUGACACUAUCAUUUAAUAGCCUAAACAAACUAAACGUCAGUCUUGCUCUUAUGAUUCUUUAGGUUUCGUCACGGCGUCGUAUAAAUUCACUGAUUAUGCCAAUUGGUCACACACUUUUAGCGCUCAAAGAGAAGAGUUCACCCAAACAACGGAAUACGGAUUUUCUGACGCGGUUUAGGAUAUUUCUCAUUGGCAAUGUGCCUUCCUUGGAGAUGCAGGCAACUUAUUGCAAUAGUAAUAAUUUUAACGUCCGUCGUCUGCGAUGGUCAGUUAGAUAAUUCUGGAAAGAUGUAUCCACGGGGUAACCACUGGGCUGUAGGGCAUCUGAUGGGCAAGAAGAGCACAGAUACUCAGAUUGAGUCUGAGGAGAGGGACAGAGAUAUGGGUCAGUUUGCUACAUCAUCAUCAACUGGAGGCAGAGAACUGGACAGGACAUUGGGGCCAUCCUCUCCCUUCUGGGCUUUCAUCAGAACCUUGCUGACCACAGAACAGGAUGAGGUGCCAGUCAGCCAAAACAUAAAGCACAUCCAGAAAAUACUGGAAGAAAGAAGGCAGGCGGAUGAACAGAGGGAGCUACACAGACAUUUAAAAGAGGUGGCAGACUGGUUGUUACAGGCUUUGGUGAGGAAGCAGAGCAAAUCCAGCUAGAUACCAGGCUCAGUGGUUUGCCUUGAUGCAGAGACAAUGUGUGGUAUCAGACGUUUCCUUUACUUUGGACACCUCGUUGAAGUCAAGCUUCAGAGGAAAAUACAACAUAUUAAAUAAUAAUAUAUAUAAUGCAUACUAUUUCAGGCUGAUUGUACGUAUAUUACAUUGAAUAAAGUCCUAGGUUAUAUUUUUGUAUGUGGACCCCUUCCUGUCAACAGUCACUAUAUACUUACUGUUUUAUAUGAAUUUAUCCACCAGCAUUAACUUACAACUCACCAUUUUGU